AUGAAACGCAGAGCACCAAGUGAUAAAUCAACCACUGACGAAGAGUGUGAUGAUAGCGAUGAGAUUGCGCAGAAUCAAGAUCAAGAUGAUAACAGCAGCCAGGCUACGCUUUCAGAAUCUGAUUUAGCCCCGGCUGAGGGUGGUGGCGAUCAUAGUGGCAGUGGAAUUAACAACAGUACCAUAAAAACCGCUUUAAUUCCUUUGAAUUCCCCGUCAUUAAAUCAACUAGCAACUUCCUUAGGACUGCUUAUCACGCACUCAGAUAUCGAUGUGAAUGACGUUAUUGUCAAAUCGGAGUGUCUUCCAAACAAGCACAAGCAACAGCACGCACACCCAUCAGUCUGCCAUCAUUGGCUGAGGGAUUCUGCUGCAGCGGGCAGAAUACUCCCGAUAGCGCUCUACGUAUUGGACGAUUACAACCCCAAUAACUCGGAAGACGGCUCAGACGACCUACCACCCAAUCCACAAUCGAAGAACGCCUGCUUCCGCAUCCAUCCGCUCAAUUCCCCCAAUGAGCAUCUCGUGCACGCUCUGCGCAUCCUCAAGCAGGACCGUGUAGCGAGGGAUGAGCGCUGGAAUGCAUUGGCUUACUCGAGAGCAGCGGCUAUGGUCAAAUCAUUCCCCCAUCGCAUCCGAAGCAAGGAUGACAUACGGCUGCAGUUGUCGUAUGACAGCAAUGACACUGUACACACCAAAAACAUCGGCGAGAAGAAAAUUCGGGCCAAGAUAGAAGAAUACCUCAAUUACGGACGGAUUAGUGAGGCUGAAACAAUACAAAAUAGCGCGUCGCACAAGCUUUACAACGCACUUUGUUCUAUCCAGGGCAUAGGACCGAGAAGGGCGUACGAGCUCAGCCGCACGGGUGCAAGUAGCCUGGGUGAGCUGGUGGAGAGGGGUAGCAUAACGCAGGAAGAUGUCACACUAGCCCAGCAUCUUGAAUUGGGUAUACCGAGAACAGAAGUGAGUAGUAUAGCAGGAGUGGUGAUGGAGAAUGCUCGAACACUCCUUCCCCACCCUACGCACGCCAUCUGCGGCGGAUACAGGAGAGGAAAGAGUGAGUCGAAUGACAUUGACAUACUGAUUACGCAUCACGGCUAUACGCUACAGCAAAUGAACGAGUUUCUAGCUAACUUGGCAAGACGACUGCAGGAUAUGGGCUUCCUCACAAAGCUCAUGCGCCAAUUGUCGCUCAGUGACGGGCACAGCGAUAAGCACGAUUACCAGAGUACGCUUCUUGGUGUAGUUGCGAGUAGUAGCAAAUACGGUACAACGGACAGUGCACAGGUCACGUUUCGGCGCGUGGACAUUAUCGUGUGCCACCCCCACAGCUUCCAUCUCGAGGUACUCGCGUGGACGGGGUCAGUCAUGUACGAGCGCGAUCUGCGCGCGUUCGUCAAGCGGCGCAACCUCAAGCUGAACGCUUCAUGUGUGUACGAUGAGCACACCAACAAUGAGGUCGAUCUUAGCGGGAUCAGGAGCGAGAGACAUCUCCUCGCCUUUUUGCAUCUGCCGUGGAUCGCGCCUGAGAAUCGCAAUUGUGAUUGA